AUUAAGGCGCGCUAUGCAUUUGUAGACGACUACUUCAUGCUUUCAAAUUAUAAAAGAAUUAAUUUGAUGAAUAUUGUAUAAACGCCAUGGCUACACAUAACAAAACAUUAAAGUUAAUUGCUACAAAAUUGGGUAUUGGUGACGAAGAUAAAGUUAUAAAUAAGGCAGCAGAAUUCGAACGAUUAUUGCAAACAAAAUCUAUUGCAGGCAGUAGUAUAACAGAUACCAGCAAAAUUGUAAUUUGUUUGGACCUUGCUGCAUCUAUUUUUGGGUCAGAUUUGGACAAUAAAGCAGCAGUCAAAUACUCUGGUUUGAAAGGUCCAUCGUACGUAAACUGUAAAAAAGUUGUGGAAAAUCUUUUAGAAAUAAAUAAUGACAAACUGACAAUUCAUUUUCUGUGUGUGUCUAUACAAUGUAUGGGUGUGCAAACUCUCGCUGAAAAUAUCCUUGAAGAGUAUCAGAGACAAGCCAAGACUGAUAUUGAUUUGAAUUUACCACAAUAUGUGUGCAUGGCUGUAUAUCAAGCUUGCAGAGUAAAUAAAGUGAAGAUUUCGAAGAGCAAAUUAAUAGAAAAAUCUAGAUUAAAACCUGCACAGUGGACAAAACUCGAUGCAGAUUGGACUAAAUUUGUUGAUGAAAAAUUCGCCUCUGUGAAGAAAAGAGGUAGACCGGCUAAAACUAUAGAAAAAAAUGACGAAGACAAAUUAAUGGAAGUGGAUAACGAAAUUCCGAAAGAAGAAAAGCCAUCAGAACCUCAAAUAGAACCUUACGAAGUCUGGAAAAAACGUAUGCUAGAAACCGCUUACAAAGAAUUAAAAGAGCUAGAAAAGAAACAAAACGAGACAGAAGAUAACGAGAGAAUGAAAAAGAUGAAGGAACAGCUGUCGUCACCGAGACGAUCGCCAAGAAAGACGCCACAAAAAUUUUCGCCUUACAAAAGCCCAAUAAAACCCACUAAUGGAAUAAGGCUUUUGUUUCCCAGGGAAUUAUGAUCAAUAUUGUGUGCCAUAUUUUUAAUGAAAAUGAGAUUUUACAUCACGAUUCUGAUUGCAUGUAUCUGGACUUUAUAACAUUUUACUAUAUUAACAAUUUGUAUAAAUGAUUUCGAAAUAUAUUUAUUUGUAUGUCUGAGACAAAUAAAAUACUUUUUCAAUGAUUUUUUUAA